CAGAAGCACAGACACACUGAGGGCUUUAAAGGGGCGGCAUGGUCACUGGUGUCGGCUUCAGUCUUUGGCACUAUCAGCAGCGGACACUGUCAGCACCAUGGAUCUGAAGGAUUCUCUGGUUAAUGGAGGCGUGCUGAUCGUCCACCAGAUCCAUGAAGGAAAGCACCAGUAUGAAGUGGAAAAUGUGAUGAAGUACAAAAAAAAGAGUGGAGAUAAAUCGUUUGUCAGGAGAGGAGACAAACUGAUGCAAAUAAACGGCAUGGACCUGCAGGAUCUCACACCGGAGGAGUUGGCUCAAGCGUUAGCAAAAGAUACUCCGAUGCUGACGGUGCACAAGGCCUGUCAGAAAGAACGAGCAACUGGCAUGUCCUCCCGGGCUGAGGAUACUUUACAGCCUGUGUCCAAGGAAUCCACAAUACUCAGUUUCAGCAUGGAGAUGAGGAGGGAGGAAGAUAUGGAGGAGAAUGAAGUGGGCCAGGAUGCAACAGGAAAGGAGGACGGGGGUAUCGAGGAGAAAGUUUGUGGCGCUGAUAACAAGGAGAAUGGGGAGAGGGGGGAUCUGCUCAUCAUUUCCAUGAAGAAAACCUGCAUCUCUGUGGUGAGAGGGAGGGGCUGCGAUAGUGGGGGCCCCUGUCAGGGAUGUCAUGGGACAGGAUGUACCUUUAAUGAUGUUGUCAUGGUGUCAGAAUCCAGCAAGGUCGUGCUUGUUCCAAGAGGAGGUACAAGUUUCCGACAGCUAAAGUCGUUGAACACUCCAAUCCAACAUGUGAACUCUCACUAUUACCUCCAAAGUUUCUGUUCACAGAAGACCCUCUAUGCUUCAGAGAAUCCAGAGGAGAUGACCAUCUACAUCUACAAGUCAACCAGUGUCAUUUUUGAAGGAAUUCCAGUGGUCCUAAACUUUAGCAACUCCAACUGCUUUCUCAGGUGCUGCAAGGAAGGGGGGAAGGUGUUCCUACAAGUGGAGAUGUGCGAGAAGCAGAAGCUGAAGAAGAUCACCAUGAGCGACGAGAGCACUCUAUCCUUCCUCUUCUACAUGAAGACCGACCCGACUAAACAGCGGAAGUUUGAGUCAGCGCUGCACGGCGGGUGGUUCAUCCAAAUAAAAAACAUCGACUCAGUGCAAAUAGCAACCCAGGAAGCAGGAAUGGGAGAGGAAACGUUUCUCUUCAUCAUUGAGACAAAUCAGUGAUGAAAGGUCACUUUUUCACUCCAGUUUACCAUUUCAAAUGUGGAAUUUUAUUUGUGACUUCUUAUUAAACAAAAGAAAAACGUGA